UGGAACAUGGUUCAGUAAAGUUAAAGUGAAUCAUAUCUCUGAGAGACGAAACCGCAACAUGAUAUGUGACAAAGAAAGAGCAUCAAACGACAUAUAAUCUCCGUCUUCUACAAUUGGCCUUGUGUUUACACAAAUACUAGACCGGACGUAACGGGGUCACGUGACAACAACGUGGAACCAUGCUCUGGUUGUUGAUGUUUGGCAUUCUUGGGUCUGGUUGGGCCGCGGGUCCCAACAUUACCACAAGCUUGAAUGGAGGUGUUUCAGGUGUCCAUAACGUUACAGCAUCGGCUAUGAAAUACGACUACGCACAGGCACUUCGCCUUUCCAUCCUUUUCUAUGAUGCCCAGCGAUCCGGUCGUUUGCCUCCCAAUAACCCGAUUCCUUGGCGUGGAGACAGCGCCGUCAAUGACAGUGACAGAGGACAUGACCUUUCUGGCGGCUGGUAUGACGCUGGAAAUCACGUGAAGUUCAAUCACCCGAUGGCUUUCUCCUCGUGGGUCCUCAACUAUGGCUUCUUGAAGUUCACGGACGCGUACAUCUCCGCGGGACAGAAGCAAAUGAUGUGCGACAUGGUGAAAUGGCCGCUAGAGUACUUCCUUAAAUGUUGGAUUCCAGAUCAACAAACUUUGUAUGUGCAGGUUGAAGACGGCCAUGCAGACCAGUUGUACUGGGGGCGCCCUGAGAACAUGCACUCGUCAAGACCUGCGUACAAGGUCAGCAACUCGUGUCAUGGGUCUGAUGUUGCCGGGGGCACUGCUGCUGCCAUGGCAUCAGGAUACCUGGUGUUUAAAAACAUUUGUGGAGACACCAAUUUUGCAAGCAAUCUUCUGGAGGCGGCCAAGGGUUUGUACACGUUCGCAAAGGCCUAUCGAGGCAAGUACACCGACUGUGUAAGCCAGGCCCGGGACUUCUAUAUGUCGGUGGACUUUACAGACGAGCUUUCCGCGGCUGCAAUUUGGUUGCACAAGGCGACGGGAGAAGCGGCAUACCUACAGGACGCUAUGCAUUUCUACCCUGCUGGAACAACCUGGGGAUUUAACUGGGACGACGCCAAUGUCGGCGCAGCUCUGCUGCUCUACGAAGCAACAAAGGAUAAUAGAUACAAGAACGACAUCGAAAGAUUCAUCCACAGCUUCAUGCCAGGAGGAAGCGUUCCUAUGACACCGUGUGGUUUGACCUACAGAUACUAUUGGGGGUCUAACAGAUAUGCUGCCAAUGCCGCAUUUAUUGCCACCGUUGCAGCCGCUGAUGGUUUGAGCCCAGACGAGUUCAAGAAGUACGCGAUGAGCCAGAUAAACUACAUCCUCGGGGACAACAAGCUCCACAUCAGUUUCCAGAUUGGCCUCGGUAGCCACUUCCCGAAAAAACCGCACCACAGAGGAAGCUCCUGCCCGACAAACAGCACAUGGUGCAAUCCAACUAGUGACGCAGACAAUCCGAAUGUUCUAACAGGAGCCUUAGUGGGCGGGCCGGACCAGGGAGACAACUACGUUGACAGAAGAGACGACAAUGUGAAGAACGGGGUGGGCUGCGAUUUCAAUGCUGGUUUCCAGGGAACACUUGCAGGGCUGUAUCAUUUUGCUGUCAACAACGCACUGCCGCCAGCACCAUUAGCGAAAUGUUAAAUAUUAUGUUUGCAUUGAGUGCACUCAUGAGAAUACAACACAAUAUCUUUGU